AUGUGUAUUUUGAUAAAUAGUUCAGGUAGAAAACGCAAACACUUAAUAGUUCAGCAGUUCUUGCUUUCCCUUUUUCUUCUCCUCUGUGUUAACAAGUCCAAUGAUAUUGCUAGAGUAGAAAUAGUCUUCCCUGAACAAUUUGUGGAGUGUGACUGUGUGAGUGUUGUACAUGGUGCUAUUUUGCUUUGGUUUGAUAGUUUAUUUUCAGCAAGCAUAAUCGAUCCACUUGAGCUGAUAGUCUUGAAAAACCUUGCAGUCCUGAGCUUGGAAACAAACUUAAAAAGGUAUUACACUGGCUAUCCUAAGGAUCUUGGACCGUCGAAGGUCAUUCACUUUACCUCGGAACGGGAAUUUGUCCAACUUCUUCAUCAAGGCUACCCGGUAGUUGUUGCAUUUACGAUCAAGAGUAACUACAGCAAACAUCUUGACAAAGUUCUAGAGGAGUCUGCAGCUGAGUUUUAUCCACAUGUAAAAUUUUUACGUGUCGAAUGCCCGAAGUAUCCUGGGUUUUGCAUAACAAGACAAAAGAAGGAAUAUCCAUUUGUUGAGAUAUUUCAUAGUCCAGAACAGGCAGCUGCACAGGGCAAAGUUGCUGAUCCUAAUAUUACCAAAUACUCUGUCAAAGUUUUACCUUUCAACUAUGACGUAAGUGCUUAUGGAUUUCGUGAGUUCUUCAAACGGCAUGGAGUCCGAUCAUCAGAUUCAAAUUAAAAGUUAAGGAGUAUCCGACAUGGUAUGGAAUCCAGUAGCUAUCAGGGAUGUUAUGACCAAUGCAGACAACUAUGGGAGUUAUCGAGUUGGAACUAGUUUGUUGCACAACUUGUAAAGAAUAAUGUUCUAUUUUGCUUAGCUGACAGUACCCUUUUUGAAUACCUUGGUUUUGCUGAUACUAAUUAGAAUUUCAGACCUCUCUGCACACUACUGUGGCAUGCCAUAUGAACUAGUGUUUUGGCCUGCAUCAUCUAGUAAUUAUUCACAUAAUUGACUAGUCUA